AUGGCCCUGCCCCCAUCUCUGGACCCUGGACCCCGGUCAGAGCCCCUCAAUCAUCCCCCUGGAGCCCCUAGGGAACUGGACAUUGCUGAAGGCACCGGCUGCCCUCCCGAAGAGGAAAGAAUCAGGCCAGAGCAAGCCCAGACUCUGGGGCAGGACUCUCUGGACCCUUCUGAGCACUUACAGGGUGGGCCGAAGAACACCGGGCCUGCAUCUGGUCACCCCCGAUUGCCAACGCCUUGUUCCCAUGAGGACUCCACUGGGGGCAAACACCGUGAGAGCCCUGUCUCUGGCUGGGAGGUAUUGGAGGCUGAGCAGGACCGCCUGCACCUUUGCCUAUUGGGCCUGGGUCUCCGGCUGCAGGACCUAGAGCGAGGCCUGGGGCCCUGGACAUUGGCCCAGAAUGGGAUGGUCCAGCUGCAGACCCUGCAGGCAGACCUACGUGGGACAGCUGAGCGUGUAGAUGCACUGCUGGCGUUCAGUGAGGGGCUGGCACAGCGGAGUGAGCCUCAGGCCCGGGCAUCCCUGCAGCAGGUCCUAAGGGCCCUUGGCGCCCACCGAGACAGCAUCUUCUGGCGGUUGUGGCGGCUGCAGGCCCAGCUGGUCAGCUACAGCCUGGUAUUCAAGGAGGCCAACACACUGGACCAGGAUUUGGAGAUUGAGGCGGAUUCAGACUGUCCAGGACCUGGUGGGAUCUGGGGGCCCUGGGAACCCAGUAGCCUCCCCACUCCUGCAGAGUUAGAGUGGGACCCAGCAGGGGACAUUGGGGGCUUCGGGCCCUUGGGGCAAAAGACAGCCUGGACACCAGGGGCUCCCUGUGAGCUGUGUGGCCACAGGGGCCCCCAGAGCAGGGGACAAGGCCUUGAGGACAUAUUCAGGUUGGGUCUCAGCCACCGGAAACACUUAGUAGGUCACCAAAGACGCUCCCUGCUCCAGAAGUCUCAGGACAAGAAGACUCAAGCAUCUUCCAGUCUCCAGGAUGUGAUGCUGGAGAGCCCCCACUCCUGCAUCCAGGCGGCCCCUGACCUUCCUCCUUCUUCUCUUCCUUCUCUUGGUGGGUUUCACAUUGCUCCUGUCCCAGUCAGGGGGCCCCUGCUGUUCUCCGGCCCCACUGGCCAGGACACCUUACUUGGUGCUCAACUAUGUCAAUGGUCUCCCCCCAAUCUGAGUACACAGCCCAGACAUAUGUAA